AUGGAGUUCAUCGAGACUAUAGAGGUGGUUUCCGAGAACGGCGCACGGUUCCGCUACCACUGCCCACUGAAGGUGGUGCGGAAUAUGCAGUCAAACGCCUCCCACUACAGUCCACAGUUUGCCCUUGGGGAUCACGCAUGGCGUAUACACCUGCAACGGCGCGCGGCGGCGGCGAGUAACGAGGGAUUUCUCUCCAUUCAUCUUCAAAGCUGCACGAACGUACCUGUGGUGGCACAAUUCAAAUUGAUCCUGCGGUGCUGCGAGGAUCCGCCGUCCUCGAAAGCUCACACCUUUCGCUGUCCCUUCAAGAAGUCUGGAAGCGCGUGGGGGAUGAAUGAGUUCAUUCCGAUUUGGCGUCUCCUGCAGCGAGAGAAUGGAUUUGCCUACGAGGACGCAGCCUCCGGUGCACUUUACUUUGACAUUGAUGUCCUGCUGAAGAUAGUGGAAGCCGGAAAUAACAACUAUGGCGUUGGCGGUCUUGACACAAGCAUGCAGCGUGGACGCUCCAGCUCGCCUCCUGUGCAUUCCACGUCGUAUCGAGACCCAAAGCAUGCAAUUUUGCGCAUGCGCUCACCGACUGAGUAUAAUAGAGGCACCGGUGCUACGCGUUCCGCGUCUCUUAGAGGACGCUUGAUUGUUGCGCCAGAGAAAAGCCCCAGUGUGGCUGCUGGGCAGGCAGCUGCUCGGGCACCACUUUUGUACCCCUUUGAGCACCUUGAGGCGGUGACGGAUAUGACGUUUGACAUUCAAGGCGUCCGCGUGAAGGCGCAUCGGUGCGUUAUCGCUGCUCGCAUGCGUCCACUGUUACCGGAGCAUGUGUUGCCGCUGCAGCCUGGCUGCGUUGUGGCUAUCGCAGUCUCGGUAGACGUUUUUUCUGCCUUCUUACAGUACGUGUACACAGAGGAGUAUCCCCAGCAAGGGGUUUUACCGCCUGAGGCGUUACUCGAUUUGUAUUUACUAUCUUAUGCAUGUGAGUUCUACGACUUAUCUGGCGUCUGCUUGACCUUUGUGAGGCCACUCCUAUCGCAUGAAAAUAUACUUUCCAUUGCACUGACGCGGUACAAUGCGGGGGAUGAUGUUCUCAACGCCUUGUAUCUUCGAGUUCUUUUGGAAAACUACGAUUUUCUCAUUCAGGACCCGAAGUUUGAGGAGAUUCCCGGUCACCUGUUCAGGCGCCUCUCUCUUAUUAUGCGCGACAAGGAGCCGGUGCCGCAGGUGACAAUCCCGCCGUCGAAGAACACCCUUGGUAGGCAGCUGGGGUGGUUGGCGGAAUCGGGGGAGUACAGCGACAUGGAGCUCGUGGUGGGGCCGAAGCACUUGAUUGUUAAGGCGCACCGCUACAUUUUGGCUUCUCGCUGUAUCCUCUUCUCGCAGGCCAUAAAUCCGCGAUCCUCCGUGGCGGUACCGCCCUUCACAGCAUCGGAGUUUGACUUUUCCCAGCGCUCUUGGCAGAAGCUGCUCACCGGAAUCUACCGUCAUCACCUCGAGUACUACCGCGACUUCUCCGCAGAGGACGUGGCCAUCGUUUUCAAGAUGCACAGCGUCUUUGGCAUGGACGGGCACCUCAAGAAGGAGGCUGAUGAAGCCUUCAACUACCAAAAUGCCCUUCGCCUGCUUAUAUAUGCUGUGAAGCACCAGGUUCCAGAGCUGCAUGAGCGGGCCAUUAGUUACGUGGCAAGUAAUUUUACCGCGCUUAUUCAAGAGGAUCCUCAGGCCUGGGAACUUAUCAGCGAGUUACCGCAGCAUGCGGUGGUGACGCUAUUCCGCACAGUAGUGGAGGGACGGCAAUGA